AUGGCGGCACGCAGGGCCGCGGUGGACGAGAGGUUCGCGGCGCUCGAGGCGAGAGUCACGUCGGUGGAGGGUGGGCUGCAACGCGUAAAGAGGGACCUGGGCGAGGUGCGCAAGAGCUGCCACGUCGUCCUUGAGGGGUUCGACAAGGUGGAAAGCGCGUGGGCAGAACAUGCGCCGAGCCAGUUGUGGAGGGAGCGCCGCCUGGCAGUGCCGAAGGCGGUGGGCGAGGACCUCUGUGAGGCCCUCCAGGUGCCGUGGCCGCUGCCGCAGGAGGACUCCCAGGAGUUCCAGGCGCUGGGCGACACGGGGCGGGCUAUCUCCCAGAUAGUCAGCGGCCUGGCCGGCGCGGACGUGCUGGCGCACGUCUUCGACCAGUCGAGGAACACGGCCGGCGGCAGGAGCCGAGUCGAGGGCACCUUUCGGUUGACCCUCCGGUUCGGCGAGGAGUCCCUGUCGGUGCAGGCGGCGCUGUCCUUUUUGGACGGGCCGCUUCGCACGGCAGCGGGCCUUCCCGUUCGCGGGAGGCCUGCGCCGCCGAGGGCGGAAGGGGCCCCUGCCCCGAAGCGCCGGCUGGCGUACGCCGAGGCGACGCCGGAGGAGCGGGAGCGCAAGCGCGCGCGCCAGGAAGCCAACGGUGGCGGCCCCAAGGGCAGGGGCGGGAAGAGCAGCAAGGGGCGCGGCGGCAAAAACGGCGGCAAGGGCAAAGGAAAGAAGGGUGCCAAGGGGAAGGGUAAGGGCAAGGCCCAGGGCAAAGCGCCCGCCGCGCCCGCGGCCGAGCCCGCCGCCAGCGCCCCGGCGUCCUCUGUGGCCCCAGCGCCGGCGGCAGCCCCGACCGCAGUGGCGCGGGCCAAAGCCGCUGCUGACGCGGUGGCCGCGGUCCACGCCACGGCCGCCGGCAGCGCCGACCCCCCCCCUUCGGGGGCGGGGGCGGUGGUGGCCUGA